AAAUAAAUAAAGAAAUUUACAAUAGUGGUGCAAACUAGAUUGCAAUGGUGGAUUAAUUAAAGUUAAAGUAAAUCCCUCAAUGCAUCCAAACUUACAUGAUUAAAGAAAUUUUAUAAAUUAGAAUUAUGAAAUGAAUAAAAUAAUAAAGGAUGGAUUAUUGAUUAGCUUAAUUGGCAACUAUUUUAUAGGCGUCGAGAUACAAAUAAGAGAUACAAGUAGAUAUUUUAUUUUAUAUAUACAAAUAAUUAUUUUUUAUUUUUUAUAUAUUUUUUUAAAAAAAGUGAGUCAAAACUACACGAUUCAAUACCAGAGGACAAGUUGUUUAUGAUGGAAAAGGGGAAAGAUUGUCAAGCUAUAUGGGAACAUUGGUGCGAUCUCAACAUAAUGUACCCAUCCAAGUUCAAGAUUGGAAUCAUGUUAGUGAAGAUGUGAAGGAAAAGAUUUGGGCCUUAGUAUUGGAAAAAUAUGAACUAGAAGAAACAUGUAAGAGCUACAUUCUUCAAUGUUGUGGAAAUUUGUUUAGAAGCUACAGAAAUAAAAUGAAGGCCAAGUAUUAUAACCCUUAUAAUACAGAUGAGGAGAGAUUGUGCCAUCGAUCUCCACACUUAUCGGAUGAUGAUUGGAGAUGGCUCAUCCACUUUUGGGGUACACCUGAGGCCAAGGAUAUCUCAGAAAAAAACAAGGCAAAUAGGGCAAAACAAGUGAUAAAGCAUACAUCGGGAUCAAAAAGUUAUGCUCAAAUUCAAUAUGAACAGGCACAAAAGAAGGAGGAUCGAAGUGAGCCUAAUAGAAUUGAGAUGUUUGCCCUAACACACACAAGAAAAGAUGGGACGCCUGUUGAUGAUCAUUCUAAGGAGAUUAUGAUCAAUUUCAACAAUUACUAUCUCAACCUGAGGGGACAUCUUCUUCUACUUCUGCAUCAUCUGGAGCAUCUACAUCUGUAGCAUCUACAUAUGUAGAUGAGAUAUAUACUCAAGUCAUGGGUCCAGAGAGGCAUGGUCGUGUUCGAGGGUAUGGAUUUGGUCCUACUCCUACCUCAAUCUUUGGUUCUACUAGUAGGAGACGAUCAGGAGUUAUUCUUUCAACACAACUUGAAAACGCCCAAGAGAUGCUAAUAGCUGCAGAACAAAAGUUUACAACUGCAACUGAAGAACUCUCAAAUGUGAAAGAUGAACUCUCACAUGUGAAAGAAACAUUUGAAGAGAGGUUGAUAGAAGUUCAAAAGAAGACACGUGAAGAAGUGAAAGAAGAGUUUGAAGAAAAAAAUGAUGGAAAUGCAAAGAAAAAUGCAAGCACAAAUGCAAGCACAAAUUCAAGAACAGAUGAUGCAAAUGAUGCAACAAUUUCAGCAAAAGCAGUAGACAUUUGAAGAUUUUGCUAUAUCUUUAUAUGAUAGAUUCUCUUAACUUUUUUUUUAAGAUUAUGCUACUUAUUUAUAUGAUAGAUUCUCCUAACUUUUUUUUGCUUUCUAUGACUAUUAUGUGAUGUUUGGUUGGUUGAUUUGUUAUAUUAUGUUAGAAUGUGAAACUAAAUUUGAAUCUC